UCCUGUGUCAUUCAGCAGGGAGGAAGGAGCUAAAAACACCCCGUCCAGAACAGACAUGGCUUCAAAUAAUGGCUCAGUGGGCAAAUGGGAGGUAGUGAAGAAAGGAAAGAAAGGCAGCAGCUCGGGAGGAGGUAAAAACCCGAAUGACAAGAAGCCCGGCGGCGGCAGCGGCGUUGGAAGGAAAGCCCUGGGCGAGUCCAAUCUGCCGGCCAGAGCGCCCCUGAAGAUGUCAGAAACCCUGUACGACGGCUUCGAGAAGAUGGGCAAGAAACAGAACAAGGAGCAGGUCCCACCACCGGCCGAGCCUCAGAACAAGAAGCCCUCGUCGAGUAAACCAUCCAAGAAGUCACACUCCAGCAGUACACCACCCCCGGCCCCUCACAAGACCCUCGAGGAAGCCUUCAAAACUCUGGAUGUCGGGGACCUGAAGCAGCAGUUGGCUCGCAGUCAGACCCUGUUCCCAGAAAACCCGUCAGUGUGGGUUAAAGAUCUGGCGGGAUACCUCAACCUCCAUUUGACCACGCCAGAAACGGAGCCCACACUCAGCAGCUAUGCUCACGAUUACCCAUACUGCCUUACAGGAAAGGAGCUGAAGGGCGUCAUCAAAGGCCUCAUUGGACGUUGCAGUGACAUUCUGCCAGAUUUCUUCGACCACUGUAUUUACACUAUGCUCAGGGAGCUGGACAGACAGCCAGGGGAACCACUGCACGGCUACAGAGUUUGCAUUCAAGCAAUCUUACAAGACAAACCCAGAAUAGCCACCCAAAACCUGCCAGAGUAUUUGGAGCUGUUGAGGUCUGCUCAGAGUCGUCCAGUGAAGUGUUUGACCAUCAUGUGGGCUCUGGGUCAAGCUGGAUUUUAUGACCUGAGCCAGGGACUAAGAGUGUGGCUGGGAAUCAUGCUUCCUGUGCUGGGAGUGAAGUCCUUAUCAUCAUAUGCCAUCGCCUAUCUGGAGAGACUUCUGCUACUUCAUGCCAACUUGACAAAGGGAUUUGGCAUCAUGGGCCCUAAAGAGUUCUUUCCUUUACUGGAUUUUGCCUUCAUGCCCAAGAAUGCCCUUUCAUCAAGUCUGCAGGAGCAGCUGAGGCGCCUGUACCCUCGCCUAAAAGCCCUCGCAUUUGGAGCCAAACCUGAGAGCACAUUACACACAUACCUGCCAUCCUUUCUGUCCAGAGCCACGCCACACUGUCCUGAUGACAUGAAGAGAGAGCUUCUCAACAGUAUGACAGAGUGUUUGUGCGUGGAUGUACAGAGUCUCGGAGUGUGGAGGCAGCUCUACACCAAACACUUACCCCAGUCCAGCCUGUUGUUGAACCAUUUAUUGAAGUCCUGGAGAGUCCUGCCACCAAAGCUGAGGAAGAACCUUGAAGAAACUGUCCAGUCUUUCAAAGUGACCAACGAGGAAAUGAAAGAAAACACCGAUUCUCAGGAGGUGCAGGAAUGCAAUAACCUGUGCCAGAACCUGCAGGUGAAGAUGAAGGGUCACGGGUUCCCCUGGUCCAAGCUGCUCAUGGUCAUGCUGGUGUUCAUCGCCGGCUUCAUCGCUCAUGAUGUCAGAUCUCACGGCUCCUUCGCAGAUUCAACAGCAGCCAGAUAUCUGCGCAACUCAGGGGUUACAGCUGUUUCUCAGCAGGCUUGGGGCAAAAUAACAGUCUAUUCGAAGCAGGGGUUCAGUUGGAUAGAGACAAACACUCCUCAUUAUUACUCUGAGUGUGUGCGGGUGAUGGGGCCACUAAUGGAACAAGGUAUGGAAAAAGCAAAAUCAGCAGCCAUCUUCAUCUCUGAAAACACCACCCAGUUUAUCCUCUGGGUGAAAGAAAAGACACCGCUGGUCAUAGAAUGGGUGAACACCAACACACCAGACAGUGUAUUCCAGGUGUUGGCAUACCUGAAGGAGCUGCUCCUCCUCCUUCACAAGAACUACAUCCUGCCAGCGCUGGCGUACAUGUCUGACCUGCUACAACGAGCAUGGACCAACCUUCAGGAGUCCUGCAAUGGUGAGGUGUCCGUAUCGUGCCUGCAGGGCCACGCCGUGUCCAUCACCAACUCAACGUGGCAGCUCCUCCAACACACAACGUCCGCCAUCAAGACGUGGGCUCAGGAGCUGCUAACGCGAGCAUGAUAAAAGCCGAUUUACACACACGCUCAAAAUAUACACACACGUGAAGUUAUAUACACACACACACGCCGACCCAAUGAAGCUGCCUUUCAAUGCGUCAGCUCCCCCUCUUAAGCCGUGAUUGGACACUGCGGGGCCAGACAACAAACUCUCACUCACAGAGGACCCUUCUAUCGCUUGUUUUUUGGCUAAAUUUUACCAACCAGUUUCGCUGUUGUAUGGAUGUUUUUUUUCUACCGAUCUUUUUGUCACUGCUGGAUGCAGAGGUCGUCUCUCCCUCUCCCUGAGUUUUCUACUGCAGAUUUCAGCUGUUCCUUUUACUGCUGGGUUAAAAAAACAUAUAUGUAAUUUAUAGAGAAGAUGUAGGUUUGUAGAUGAUUUAUAAACCAUUUUUAUUUAAAGAUAUAAAAAAAAACUUGGAAAAGGGCAGGGAAAUGACCAAAAAACAAAAGAAAAGAUAUUCCAGACUUCUAUGAGCCACAGACCUCUAAGAACCGCUAAAUUCUGGGAGACACUUUAUCUCCCACACCUGGUCCUGCUCACCAGAAAGAUGCAGUAUGGCUGUGUGUGUGUGUGUGUGUGUGAGGGUGUGUGUGUGUGUGUGUAUGUGCAAAGCCAUCAUAAAUAAAGCCUUGGGAAGCUGUCCAGCAGGCGGCGCACGAUGUAAAGCCUAAAACAAGAAAGAUGAAUUUAGAUAAUUGUGGGGUCAAAUCUGCUGGUGGAUUGACUCCUUUGAGAGUGGACGGCAUGAACCAGAAUAGGACUCGAGGAAGUCUCACAUCAAUCCACGAGGUCCAGAAGGAGAAGAAAUCUACUCGCUGCCUUCUCUGUCCUGCACAUCACCUCGUCUUGUCUUCGCUGCUGCUUCUUCAUCUUCUUUGUCCAUCCUCCUCCUUUUGCUGCAGUCAGUCGCUCCACACCUGAGCUACAAGCAGCACAACGGUUGUGUUACUCAUACUUGAAGGUUGAUGACAUUCUGUGUGUGUGUGUGUGUGUGUGUGUGUCUGCCUGCAUGGAUGCUUAGUCUAGAUAAUUGUACGGUGAUUAAUCCCCUCCACCUUCCCGUGCCAAUUUCCUCUUGUACACUGCAAUCUGACAAAGUACCCCUCUUCUGACCGGCUGAUUCACUAACCCUGAGAUGUUUGGAUGGAUAUGGCAAAUGACUAAUGUCUUACUUUGUAAUGUAAGUGAUUUAUAAUAAAGACUUCAACCCCAUGCACUA